AUGUCUAAUCAGUUUUUAGUCAUCAGUCAGGAAAGUUGUUUAAUUAUUGGAGGUGGCCCAUGUGGCUUGCGGACUGCCAUAGAACUUGCCUUCCUGGGAGCCAAAGUAGUUGUUGUGGAGAAGCGGGACACUUUUUCAAGAAACAAUGUGUUGCAUCUUUGGCCAUUUACAAUCCAUGACCUCCGGGGACUGGGAGCAAAGAAAUUUUAUGGAAAAUUCUGCGCAGGAUCUAUUGAUCACAUCAGUAUUCGACAGCUUCAGCUUAUCCUCUUCAAAGUAGCACUUCUACUAGGAGUUGAAAUCCAUGUGAAUCUAGAAUUUGUGAAAGUCCUGGAACCUCCUGAAGAUCAAGAAAACCAAAAGAUAGGUUGGAGAGCUGAAUUUCUCCCUGUGGAUCACCCUUUGUCAGAGUAUGAAUUUGAUGUUAUUAUUGGUGCAGAUGGCCGCAGGAACACACUAGAAGGUUUCAGGAGGAAGGAGUUUCGUGGAAAGCUGGCUAUAGCUAUCACUGCCAAUUUUAUAAACAGAAAUACAACUGCAGAAGCCAAGGUAGAAGAAAUUAGUGGUGUUGCUUUUAUCUUCAAUCAGAAGUUCUUCCAGGACCUUAAAGAGGAAAUGGGAAUUGACCUGGAGAAUAUUGUUUACUACAAAGAUAGCACUCAUUAUUUUGUGAUGACAGCAAAAAAGCAGAGUCUUCUGGACAAAGGAGUGAUUAUUAAU